UCGCUCUUUAUCGGUCUAUCGGUCUGUGGGUCGGUCGAACUUAUCGAUAAAUGCGAACGUUAUGGGGACCCACUUAACGUACUUUAUCGUACCUAGUACAAAUUGCAAUACAUGAACAAUCGUCUUUGCGGCAUUGCUAGUUAGCAUUUCUACUUUUCUCAUGCAUGUAUUUUAUAGAGAAAGUCGACACCAAACACCCGCAUCUCCGAUUUCAUCUCUUCACUCUCUCAUAAAAUGCCCCCUACAAUGCAACAAAAACGCAUGACAGCAAACCCUGCGCGACCAACCCGUUAUCGCGCUGGUAAGCCGACCGGCGCAUCAUCGUCCUCCGAAUCUGAUUCAGAAGCUAGCGACGCCGCGGUUGAUCAGCAACAGCAAAAGCCCCAGCGUAAAAUCGCGCCACCACCCAAGGUUCCAAGCGCAGGCAAAAUAAUUAGCAAUCUCAGCAAGGUAGACCUCAAUGAGCGCCAAAAGCAAGAGCAAGAGUUGAACGCGAGACGCGUCGAGGCUGCGAAAGCAGCUCGCCUGGCUGCCGAGGAGGGCUUCGUCACUGAGGAAAGUGAAGACGAAGAAGAUAGCGAAGAGGGAAGCGACGACGAUGACGAAGACGAAGAAGAGGAUGAAAGUAGCGAGGAAGAAGCUCCCCGCCGAUUAAUGUUAAAACCCAAGUUCGUACCGAAAAGCCAACGAAACGGUAACGGCAAUAGAGAUAAUACUCAGGAACAAGAUGAGGCGGCUAAGAUAGCCGAGGAGGAGGCGGAGAAGAAGAAAGCAAUGGACGAAAUGGUGGAAGAGCAAAUGCGCAAAGCUGCUGCUGCGCGGGCGGCCAAGAAGAAGCACUGGGACGAUGUUGUGGACGAGGAGGAAGACGUCGAUACCGAAGACGACGUGGACCCAGAAGCAGAGUAUGCAGCGUGGAAAUUACGUGAGCUCAAACGCAUCAAACGAGAGCGCGAGGCUAUCGAGGCCCGCGAGAAGGAAAGAGCAGAAGUCGAGCGCCGCCGAAAUUUAACGGAAGAAGAACGAAAAGCGGAGGAUGAUGCCUUCUUAAGCAAGCAAAAGGAGGAGAAGGACGCGAAGGGCAAGAUGUCCUAUAUGCAGAAGUACUUCCAUAAGGGCGCAUUCUACCAAGACGAGGCCGAAGCUGAAGGCCUGGCCAACCGAGAUAUUAUGGGCUCGCGGUUCGCAGACGACGUCAAGAACCGCGAGUUACUCCCGAAGGCGCUCCAAAUGCGUGAUAUGACGAAAUUAGGAAAGAAAGGUGCCUCCAAAUACAAGGACCUCAAGUCUGAGGACACGGGUCGAUGGGGUGAUAUCCGCGACACGAGGCCCGGUAAAGAAUUCGACCGCUAUAAUGUUGACGAGAGGUUUAAAUCCGAUCGUGCUAGAGAGGUAUCUGGUCCUGGCGGAGCCAAUGCGGUGCCGAUCGGGGAGAGGAAAUCUGUCCGUGGUGCACCGGAAGGUCCUAGGAAUUCAAAUCGGGGACGAGAUGAGGAUAAAUACCGCGAGCGGGAUCGAGAUAGGGAUCGAGAUCGAGACAGCUAUCGUCCGAGAGACGAUGAUAGGCGGCACAGAAAUAGGUCUAGGUCCAGAUCUAGAUCUAGAUCCCCUCGAAGGCAUGACAGGGACGAUUUUAGCAGUCGAAGAAAGAGGGACUCAUCACGGGAUGCAGGUCGCUAUGAAAAUGAUAAAAGGCGGAAAAUAGAGUCUAAGUAGACAGAAUUUCGCUCUGCGGCGUAUAUGUUCAUACCACUUUAUAAUUAAUUGAGCUGGGCGUACUCCAACGAGUAUAUCGCCUACUCGAUACCCUAUAUUACCUGAUUUAUCCAUAUCCGUAUAUAAUGUGCCUUGUCUAUACCGUGGUUUUCAUACCCUCAAUAUGUCUCUUACGGGAUUACUAUAACCUGAGUUUUCUAAGCCGUAGCACUGUCCUGAGUUUUGUCGGUAGCAUAACCAGGUGGUGGCGAUACGCCCUGGGGGUCAUGGCCUUUGAGAUA